CGGGGAGCCCAGUCCUCGGCCGGGUCCGGGCUGCUGCGGGCGGCUCGCGCGGCGUCAGGUGCGCGCCAGGUUCGCUUAUCUGGGGAGCUGUGAGGCAUUGCUCAUCUGAAAGAUCACCUGACCUGUGACAGCUGCCAUGUCCACGCGGCCUUUUGAAAGUCCACCUCCUUAUCGACCUGAUGAGUUCAAACCCAAUCACUACGCGCCCAGCAAUGACAUAUAUGGUGGAGAAAUGCACGUUCGACCGAUGCUGUCCCAGCCGGCCUACUCUUAUUACCCGGAGGACGAAAUCCUCCGCUUCUACAAAUGGACGUCACCGCCGGGAGUGAUCCGCAUCCUGUCCAUGCUCAUCAUCGUGAUGUGCAUUGCCAUUUUUGCCUGCGUUGCUUCCACGCUGGCCUGGGACAGAGGCUACGGGGGAACGGGCAUCUUUGGCGGCGGCUACCCUAUGGGAGGAAGUAGCUAUGGCGGCUAUGGGAGCAGCUACGGCUUCGGCUACGGCUACGGCUACGGCUAUGGCGGUUAUACAGAUCCCAGGGCAGCAAAAGGGUUCAUGUUGGCCAUGGCCGCCUUCUGUUUCAUCGCCUCCUUGGUGAUAUUUGUCACCAGCGUCGUAAGAUCGGGAAUGUCAAGGACAAGAAGAUACUACCUGACUGUGAUAAUAGUCAGCGCGGUCCUGGGCAUCAUGGUGUUUAUUGCCACGAUCGUGUACAUCAUGGGAGUCAACCCGACUUCCCAGACUUCUGGAUCUAUUUAUGGUUCACAGAUAUAUGCCCUCUGCAACCAGUUCUAUACUCCGGCAGGGACUGGACUCUACGUGGAUCAGUAUUUAUAUCACUACUGUGUGGUGGAUCCCCAGGAGGCUAUUGCCAUUGUCUUGGGGUUCAUGAUUAUUGUGGCUUUUGCUCUGAUAAUAUUUUUUGCUGUGAAAACCCGGAGGAAGAUGGACCAUUAUGAUAAGUCCAAUAUUUUGUGGGACAAGGAACACGUUUAUGAUGAGCAGCCCCCCAAUGUUGAAGAGUGGGUUAAAAAUGUGUCUGUAGGUGCACAAGACAUGCCUUCACCACCAUCUGACUAUGCAGAGAGAGUUGACAGCUCUGUGGCAUACUCCAACGGCAAAGUGAAUGGCAAGCGCGCAUAUCCAGAGUCUAGUUACAAAUCAACGCCACCGGCGCCCGAAGUGGCUCAGGAGCUGCCCGUGACCUCACCCGUGGACGACUUCAGGCAGCCCCGUUUCGGCAGCAGCGGUAACUUAGAUUCGCCUUCCAAACGGGCUCCCACGAAGGGGAGAGCCGGGAAGUCGAGGAGAGCCGAGCCAGACCACUACGAGACGGACUACACGACGGGCGGCGAGUCCUGCGACGAGCUGGAGGAGGACUGGAUCAGGGAAUAUCCACCCGUCACUUCAGACCAACAGAGACAACUCUAUAAGAGAAAUUUUGACACAGGUCUGCAGGAGUACAAGCGUUUACAAGCAGAGCUUGAUGAGGUCAACAGAGAGCUCACCCGUCUAGAUAAAGAACUAGAUGACUAUAGAGAAGAUAGUGAAGAGUACAUGGCGGCUGCUGAUGAAUACAACAGACUGAAACAAGUUAAGAGAUCUUCAGAUUACAAGAGAAAGAGGAAUUACUGCAAGGAGCUGAAGAGCAAAUUGUCGCACAUCAAGAGGAUGGUUGGAGAUUACGAUAAAGGGAAAGUGUAAGGCAGGCGCAUCACCGCCGCCGGGGAAGGCGAGGGUACCUGACGUCUCCGCAGGGCUCUCCGGACGCAAAGUGACUUUGGACACUAACCUGGGAAGCCAAACCUUGUGAUCAUCACAAAGUUUUGAUAGCUUUAAUGCCCUCAGUUUCAUAUCAUCAGUAUUGAAGCAUUUUAUAAAAUAGCUUUUGAUAAUCAACUGGGCUCAACACUCCACUUACGGGUUUUAUAGAGGAGACACUGUUUCUUGUAUUAAGAAUGAAAUGUUGUUUGAGGCUUUUAAACCUACAGUGAAGGUCCCAGUAUGAACUGUGCUGUGAACUUUUCAUUCCCCGGACAUGUCUGAGUGUGUUCCUUGGAGGUGAUGUCAUUAUCUUUCUAGCAGUCCUUCAGGUGACUGUUAUUUAUGCUCAUUUCUUUUGAGUCUGUCCAGUGAUGUCCGCAGAGUGAAGCUGCUUGUUUCCUAACACGCAGCUUUGGUGUCUUUUCACGACUCUGAUAACAAAACUUUGGCCCUUUGUAUUUUAGCUAUUGUGUAUAAUAUAUCCUAUCAGCUUCCCUAUUGAUUUUUUUCUGUUAAUAUAAAUAAUUAGAGGGUUUUUCUUUUGCUUUAUGUUUUCAUAAUAAUUAAGAUCAUGUAAACUUAACAAAUGUGUGAUAUUUAAAUUUUAUGUAUAUAUAUAUACAC